CGCGUCGGCGGACGCUUCCUGACCGUGCCAAUUGUCCAUUAAUAUUGUAUUCAUCGGAGCAUAGAACCCGGUAAAAAUACGUCCUAUCUUUGUGUUUUCGUGCGAGACGCCAGGAGAGUGAAAGCAUCCUGUCAUACAUUGUACACUGACCAACCAGCCAGUCGCAACAAGUCUACCCUUUGCGCGGAUGCCUGCGAUCUGCGGGACAUUUAUGCGCUGGACCUCGCGCUCGCGUACGCCGAAUUCAGGCGAGGCCAGAUUACGCUGAUGUUUCAACUUAUUUUUGGAUUGAGAUGAGCUCUCCGCCACCACAGAGCCUUUACAAUGAUCUUUGUGAGGGAGCAGAGGUGGCGUGCGCUCGUCUGUCCCGCACCUGCGGCAUGCUGGCCGACCUGGCCUGCCCCUGCUUCAGACGUAACCACCGCGUGACACCAUCGCCGGUUAAGACUGCCAACCUGGAGUUUGUGGAGGUGGCUCCCCACAAUCGGCUCCGCGUGCUGCACGUGCUGCCAUACCAGCUACCGGCGUCGGACGAGCCGGACCGGCCGGGCAGCGACACGCCGGACGGUGACGUAACCACCAGCGACUUCUGGUUCAACCACUGGCAGGGCCCGCACAUCACGGCCGCCGGCCCUCCGCGCCGCAAGGCCUCCACCAACACGUUCGGCCCGGCGGACGCGGCCGGCCGGGCACGCAAGACGUCCAUGAGCGCCGUCGUGUCGCCGGCCGAGGCGACCGUGCGUCAGCUGCUGGACCAGAUGGUGGACGCGGCGGUGGGCGGCGCCGCGUGCGCGCCGUCGGCCGAGCCGCUGCCGGAAGAGCACGAAGAGGAGGAGGAGGAGGAGGAAGCGGUAGACGGUUUCGCCAACCCGGCGUACGAGCCGAACGCCGACGAUCCGGCCGACGCGGCCGUCCGGCUGCCGGACGCCACGCUGGACGCCACGGAGACGGACGAGGAGGGCGAGGGUGAGGGACCGGGAGCACCACCGCCGCCGCCGCCGUCGCCACCGCCACCACAGCCGCCGCCGCCGCCGCCGGCGGCGCCCAAACACCAGACGGCGGCCGUUGAUAGUAAGACCCCGCUGCUUUUCUUCCUGCACGGCGUUGGGGGAUCGGCUGAGGUCUGGACGUCACAGAUCAAGUACUUCUCCAAACUGGGGUACGAGUGCGUGGCGCCGGACCUGCUCGGACACGGCUUCUCGUCGGCGCCCAGCUCGCCGCGUCACUACAGCUUCCAGUGGAUGCUGGAGCACGUGCGCAGCGUCUUCAAGAAGUACGCCACGAGCCGGCGCCGUGUGGUGGUCAUCGGACACUCCUACGGCUCGUCGUUCGCGUCAGUGCUGGCACGGGAGUAUCUGAACGUGGUGCUGCUGGUGCUGGUGUCGAGCGGCGGCCCGACGCCACUGGCCGCGCCCACCGACGUCUUCUCGCUGCCCAUCUGUCUGCUCACCUGUCUCAAGCCGCUGCUCAUCUGCGGCUUCAAAACUCGGGAGAUGUUCUACACGCCGCGUGGCAAGCUGAUCGAGGUGGAGAAGGGGUUCGACGUGCCUUCGUACGUGCUGAGCCACACCAUGCGCGGCCAGGUGUGGCCGGAGGGGGACCUCAGCUACCACAAACAGAUCACGCUGCCCACGCUGCUCGUCCAUGGCAUGAAAGACAAGUUCGUCUCGCUGGUGGAGAUGUGCGACAUGGAAAAGGCCAUCCCACGAGCAUUUCUAGAGACCAUUCCGAACGCCGGCCACAUGGUCAUGCUGGAGGCGCCUGACGAGACCAACCGCGUGAUCGGCCAGUUCCUGCGCCGGUGGCUCCAUCAAACGCAGCGCCCGGCAACCUAGAGUCGGAAUUUUUGUACGCAGGUGGCGUAGCUGCGGGGUCUUCUGGCCCUGGCUGUUGAAUGGCAUGGGCUUCCAAACAAAAAACCUCUUGUUGUUUACGCCUACAACGACCGACUGACUGUGAUCUAUUUGACUUGGUCAUUCCACUGUUUCGUCACGCGGCGGGACUGCUACUACCGCCUUUUGAGCGUCGCCCCACGCAUGAACGCUGUGAUCGCCGGUCAACUGUUGUUGGUGGCCUUGUUGAGACGUGCGUUAUUCGAUCUAGGAUAGGUUUGUUGAAGUGAUCUGAACGGAUCGAUCUGGUUAUGCGUGCCUUGAUGUACGGAGCGUAAUUUUACACUCAGUGUGACACAAUUUUCACCCGUUGUUUUGGUGUAAUGUAGCGUCCUUCUCGAAAUACUGAGACCGGUUGUCGUGGUUAACCACGUAUUAUUUUUGUGUGGUCUGGUCUGGUUUUAUAUAUGUAUACCAUUUUUUAAGAAAUUGUUCCCAUUCAUACCCUGCGUGCGUCAUUCUAACUCUUGUUCUCUUCAUCAGCAUUGUCUGUCAACUCGCAUGUACCAUAGCGGUGCGAUGCGAGUCACUUCUGCACGUCGGUGUCAAGUUCAUCUCCUGUUCAUUUCAUUAUCGCACUGCGUUUUUCAUCAACAGUUCAACAGUUCACUGACUGUGCCUUAAAUCGGCACAACGUUGUUCACUGCCCCGGCUGGGUCUCCCCGCGUCAAA